UUCCUUGCCUUAGAGAUGCGUAAGGGGAAGGUGAAUUUCCUCUGGGACGUGGGUUCAGGUGUGGGGAGGGUGGAAUAUCCUCAUCACACCAUCCAUGAUGGGAACUGGCACAGAAUAGAAGCGUCUCGUAAUGGGUUGAAUGGGACCAUAUCCGUAUAUCCUCUGGAAGGCUCUAUGGUUGGGAUGAUGCCGACCCCGGCCAGUGCCAACUCGCCCACGGCCUUCACCAUAUUGGACGUUGACCAGAAUGCCUACCUGUUUGUAGGAGGAAUACUCGGCACUGUCAAGAAAGCCGAUGCAGUACGAUCAACAACGUUCACCGGCUGCAUGGGCGAGACCUUCUUGGAUGGUAAACCUAUUGGACUUUGGAACUACAGAGAGAGACAGGGAGACUGCAAAGGAUGUGUUGUCAGCCCGCAGCCUUCAGAUGUUGAGGGGACAGUUCAGCUGGAUGGAGAGGGUUACGCCGCAGUGGGACGACCCACCAGGUGGAACCCCAAUGUUUCCUCCGUGACCUUUAAGUUCCGCACAUUUUCCUCUGAAUCUCUGCUCAUGUAUUUGGCUACUGAAGAUAUGAAGGACUUUAUGUCCCUGGAGCUGUCAGAGGGCAAGGUGAAGGUGAACUUUGAUCUAGGGUCAGGAGUUGGCAGUGCCAUAUCAGCUAGCCGCCACAAUGACGGGCGCUGGAAGUCCCUCACCAUGUCAAGAAACAAGAAACAAGCCACGGUGACCGUAGUGGACAUCGACAGUGGUGCUGAGGAGAAGAUAGUAUCCUCGUCUCAGGGCUCAGCUACUGGUCUGAACCUCAGGGAACAUCAGAAGAUCUAUUUUGGAGGGCUGCCUACCAUUGGAAACUACAGGUAAACACACACACACACACACACACACACAC